GACUGGAGCCCAGGGCAAACCCGGCAGCACCCACAUAGAUGAAAGCAAAGACAAGCUCCAGCACUGCAGCCAUGUCCACAUCCCUGCGAGUGAGCCCCUCGGUCCACGGCUACCGCUUCGACACGGCCCUGCGCAAGAAAGCCGCGGCCAACAUCUUCGAGAGCAUCAACGAGGAGUCCCUGCAGAAGCUCUUCAGAAACUCCGGAGACAAGAAGGCAGAGGAAAGAGCCAGGAUAAUCCUCGCCACCGACCAGGACGUGGAGGAGAAAACGAGAGCGCUGAUGGCACUAAAGCAGAGGAGAAAAGACAAACUGCUCCAGUUCCUGACCUUUCGGAAAUACUUCAUUAAAGUUCACUGAACUGGCGAAGGGAGCAGAAAUGGAGGAGAACAUUUGGGGACGGGACUGUUUGUGACCUCCUGCCACACUCAGCGUGCUCCACUGCCCCGUGGAACCGGGGGCCUGACAGACUGACUGCCCGCAGGGCUUCAGCCCCACGGCAAACUGCGCGCCCAGGGCGGCAUCGGUGCCCGUGGUACCAUCGGUGCCCAUGGCAGCAUCCAGUGCCCAUGGCAGCAUCAGUGCCCAUGGCAGCAUCGGUGUGGACAGCAGUGUCAGUAUGGACGGCAGCAUCAGUGCCCACAGCAGCAUCGGUGUGGACAGCAGCACUGGUGUGGACAGCAGAAUCGGUGCCCACGGCAGCAUCAGCACCCACGGCAGCAUCAGCGUUGCUGGGGAUGGCAGCGUGGCAGCCAGAGGCUCCCAGAAGGAGGGCAUCUCCCAGGGGGACACAGCCAGGCUCCUCCAGGCAGCUGUGGGACUGAGCCAUGGGGGAACCCCCCCACUCCAGUGACUCUGGACCUGCUGAGGGACUCGGUGCUCACUGACUGCACCGUGUGCUUCGCCUUCUCACACUGGUUCCUUGAAGCUGAGCCCCAGCAGAGCCUCCUGCUGUGGCUGGUGGGAGGCUCUGGAGACCCAUCAGCCUCUGAUCACGGUCACUCUGCGUUUGUUGAGUGCUUCCAAACCCACAUGGUGCAGCAAGUCCAGCCAUCAGGGAACACAUUUGCUCCAGAGUAACUCUGCACAACUGUACCUUCCCUUCCUAAGCUGUAUGUGUGCAGUAAAAGUCAUUUGCACAGAAGCAAUAAUAAUGACAGAGUUCCUUGAAUUUACUGUGAAGUUCCUUAAUAUUUUGUUCACUUCCCAUUAACACUAAAAAUCUAAAUAUAAUAACUCCAGUUCUUCUCUGUGCAGGUUAUGGUUGCUAUUAGAUGAGUACUUACUUCAUGGUAAUAUUUUAUGACAAUGUUAUUAUUCUAUCGACUAUAAUUUAUUGCAUACAGUAAUCUGAAAAUUAAUAAAUUAUGAAGUAAAUAUAAA